CUCCAGAUCUCUCUCUUUUUUCAAUUUCGGCGAUUUCAUCGACAAUUGCGUCGAUUCGAUCGGAGAUCGGAGCAAUGGAGGUAGUAGCGAAGGACGUGCGAUCGGCGGCGGUGCGGAUCGUGGAUCAGCAGCGGACGGAUCUGGAAUCGGCGUGCGAGAAGGUGAGCGCGAUCGUCGCCGGCAACGCGGUGGUCGUCUUCACCAUCAGCGGCUGCUGUAUGUGCCACGUCGUCAAGCAGCUGCUCUUCGGCCUCGGCGUCGGUCCGACGGUCGUCGAGCUCGACCGCGAGGCCGCCGGCGGGCCGAUCCUCUCGCUGCUGCACCGCCUCGGCGGCGGAGGGAAGGCCGUGCCGGCGGUGUUCGUCGGCGGGAAGUUUCUCGGCGGGAUCGAGACGGUGAUGGCGUGCCACAUCAACGGAUCGCUCGUGCCGCUCCUCAAAAACGCCGGUGCUCUUUGGCUUUGAUUGAUUUGUGAUGCUUAAUUCAACUAACUUGUUUUAACUGGUGAAUUGGUGUUUGAUCAUAUAUAUAUGCAUGGAGGAUUUGUGUUAUGUUUAUGAGAUGGAUUGGUGACAUAUUUCAUGUACAUAUAAAUCAUGAUGCUAUUGAUUAGCCAUAUGUUGUCAUCCAUUGCCAAACUUUAUUAUCAAA